AUGCUGCACUAUGGCAAACGGGAAGCGAAAGGACGGCAGUCGGAGCCAACUGGUGCCUCGGGGCUUUCGGGGUAUUCUGUUACGGCAGGGCUGAACGCUCGGGAGGGUACUACUUCGCGGCCAAAGACGCUAAGGAAGAGCAAGGAGAGCUAUGGCAGCCUCGAUGACGGCACCGGCGGCUGCCCCAGGGGCUCUGAGGAGAGCUUGGCCUCGUUGGGGAAGCACGUCUUCAAGGAGGCCUUGGAUAUUAUUCGAUGUUCUUCUAUCGCUGAGCUGGGCGAGUCAACUGAUCUAUUGAUAAGUGCUGACUGUGGGUCGAACAGUGCUUCGAUCACGGAGCCGGAUGCUUCUAGUCCGGCGGAUAAGCCCAACGAUGGAGCGAUCGAGAAAGAUCACAGCAGCCUGAAGUAUGAGCAGCUGCUGGAAAGCGCCGUCUUAGCGUUGAAGAACGACUUCGUCUCCGGCGCGAAGGAGCUCGCUGAUGUAGCUCUCGAGCAUCUAGCGGUUUUGUUCGGAGCUGCGGGGAACAUAGCAAAGAGCAGGAACGAGCUGUGGAAGGUGGGUGUGCAAGCGGCAAAGCAACUGAGCGAGGCCCGACCGAGUAUGGGCGCGGCCGUUACGAUGGCCCUGCUGAGCGCGUUGGAUCAGAUCGAAAACGAAUGGAACAGAAUGCAGAAGGAGUAUAGCCGCGGCCCCCAGUCACGGCCGGGAUCGGAGACAGUACCUCAGCGUCUAGCGGAGGCUGCUAGGGACUUAAUCGAGCAGCACAUUUUAGUCGCGCGGAAGCAUUCACACGGCAUGAGCGAGGGUUUCGAUCAUUGGAUGCAGGAGUUCAAUCAAGAGCUUCCCUUAGCCGAGAAAAACCACAUCCACAUCCUCACCCUAAGCAACUCCAGCACAAUCCGCAACGCCAUCCUCAGCCAGCUCUCCCAAAGAGAGGACCUCCACCUCCACCUCGACAUCCUCGAAUCGCGCCCCCGCUUCGAAGGCGCCGACAUGGCGGCCAAGAUCCUAGCCUCCGUGCACAACAGCAACCAGCAAAAGUCCCGCUUGCACAUCCGCAUCCUCCCCGACUGCGCCGUCGUCACCGCCGCUAGAACCGCGCACGUCGUGCUCCUCGGCGCAGACCGCAUCUCCCCCGCAGGCGACGUGUCGAACAAAAUCGGCUCGCUGGCUGCGGUCGCGUGCGCGAGGCAGGUGAACCCGCGGGCGAAGGUCGUGGUGCUCAGCGACGAGGAUAAGAUUGCGCUGCCGGGCGUGGAAGAAGGGCAUGUGGAGACGCACCCAGAUGAGGAGAUGACGGAGGCGUGGGGGAAAGAGACUAGGGAGGUGCUGGGGAGGGAAAACGUGGAGGUGUUUGGGGAGUGGUUUGAGUGGGUGCCCGCGCAGUUUGUGGAUGCGUAUAUCAUGGGUGGGCGGGCUGUGGGCAGGGAGGAUAUAAAGCGGACUGCGGAGGGGAGGGUGGAGAUGAGGGAUAGGAUCUUUGGGAAGGUGGAGGGUUAG